AUGAAGGCGUUCCUGCUCAGCGCAGUCCUGGCCCUGCUCUGGGUGCCCACGGCUUAGGCCGAGGUUCUGCUGCAGCCUGACUUCAAUGCCACAAAGUUCUCAUGCCUCGGGUAUGUGGUCUCCAUGGCAUCCGACUGCAAAGUCUUCCUGGGCAAGAAGGACCACCUGCCCAUGUCCACCAGGGCCAUCAAGGCCACAGAGGAGGGUGGCCUCCACGUCCACAUGGAGUUCCUGGGGGCGGACGGCUGUAACCAGGUAGAUGCCGAGUACCUGAAGGUGGGCUCCGAGGUACACUUCAGAGUCCCGGCCUUGGGCUACCUAGACGUGCGCGUCGUGGACACGGACUACAGCUCCUUCGCCAUCGUCCACAUCUACAAGGAGCUGGAGGGGACCCUCAGCACCAUGGUGCAGCUCUUCAGCCGGACCCAGGACGUGAGUCCUCAGGCUCUGAAGGCCUUCCAGGACUUCUACCCGACGCUGGGGCUUCCGGAUGACACGGUGCUCAUGCUGCCCAAGUCAGGUACCCUGGCAAGCCUGCCCCACCCGACGCCCCCCAGCCGGCCCUGCCUCCCGUGA